AUGACAGUUUUUUCAAGUAUAAAUGAAUUUGAGUACAACGGUACUUUCGAAGGAAUAAGGAAAGAUGUCAUUGUGUCGCAAAUGAUAAAGGCCUUGCAGAAACGAUUCCCUUCGAUAUGCGAUAAAAAUUAUGAGUUAAGUUUGUUUUUGCCCAUUUUUCAGAGAUACAUCUUAGAAAAUUCUUCAAUCACCCACGAACUAGACUCUGAAAGAAUUCGACUGCUCAAUAUAACAGAAUUUACCGAGUUUGAGGAUAUCCAAGACAAUGAUGCAUUAGAUGAUGCCCUUUUAACGAAAUUAGCAACUGUAAAAUUAAACGACAAAGUAGAUUCAGUAAUUGGAAAACAAAGUCCUUUGUUCGAGGUAAAAAAUGGUAAGUGUUCUUUAGAUAUAAUAUUACAACAAAUACAAAAUUUGAAUAUAUUGUUUAAUUGCGACGUUCCACUUAUAUUCAUAACAACCCCCGAAACAGAAUCACAAAUCUCUGAUUUCCUAAAGGAAAGCUAUCCAUGUAACAAAGUUGAAUGGAAAACUUUAGUGCACUCAAGUUUUCCAGCAAUUGAUAAAGAUACGUUGCUGCCUGCCGUAUUCCAAAUGAAUGUUUGCGAAGACGACCUCUGGUACCCUUGUGGGAGUGGGAACCUAAUCGACACUUUAUACUUUUCAGGAGAGUUAGAUAACUUAAUUGUUCAAGGGAAAGAGGUUUUGUUCGUUUCAAAUAUGGAAAAUUUAGGCGCUACUGUAGAUUUGAACAUAUUAAGUUAUAUGAUAACAAACGAUAUUAACUACCUUGUUGAAGUGGUUGACAGAACUGCCAACGAUUCGAAUACGGGGGUACUAGCCACCUAUGAAAGCACACUACGGUUAGUGGACUACAAGUAUCUGUCCCGUGAAAGUGCAAGAAAGUGCAGAACUGUUAACACUAACAACAUUUGGAUUAAUUUGCGAAAAUUGAAGAAUCUAAUAGAGUCUGAUAGUCUAAAUUUGCCGAUUUGUUCAAGUGCAACUAAGACAGUAAUAAGUAACAGUCAAUUCAUGGAGACUUUGCACUUGCAAACACAUUUGGGAGAUUGUAUCGGCUUCUUUUCAAAUAGCCAAGUUAUCAAAGUACCAAGAAACAGAUUUUUACCGCUAGCAACAUGCGAGGACUUAUUCCUAUUGAAAUCUAAUUUAUACGAUCUCGAUACGAGCGGGAUUCUCAGUCUCUAUCCUUUAAGAUUCGAAUUACUGCCAUCAAUCAAACUAGGCGACGAAUUUGACAAUUAUGGAACCUUUAAGAUAGGAAUACCAGAUAUUCCUAAUAUUUUGGAACUGGACCAUUUAACUGUAACAGGGAAUGUUUUCUUCGGUCGUAAAAUAAUUCUGAGAGGGACCGUCAUUAUCAUUUGUGAUGAAGACGAUGUAAUCACCAUUCCUGAUGGCUCUAUUUUAGAGAAUGUAAUAGUAAGAAACAAAUCUCAGCUGGAGGAUAUUGGCCAAUUCUGA